ACAUGGUCUUAGCCAACCACGAUCUUUUCCUAAGCCUAACCAAACAGAGGCCGUUCAAUAACGUAAACCACGUUUAUUACUGUUACCAUGACGGAGCUCGCGUGCGCCGCUGUUACGCUCUUGUGGGUCGUAUGCGAAGGUAGGAACAAGCGACUUACGCUGGACGACUUGUCGUUAAGGUCGUAGUAGACGUUCUCACAGAGACGGCUUUAAAAAAGGUUGAGCUGACCAACGCAGCUCCAAACACUGACGUGGACUGACUGUGAAGUUUCAAUGGUUCAAUGACGCCACCUAGUGUCCAGACAGAGUGGUGUUUCUGUGGGAGGAGAAUGAUGGCUGAGCUUAGAGUUUGAUUCACUCUCUAUUCAGAUUCUGUCACAGAAGUCUAUUCUGUGUCUGCUUGUACAUUCAGGAUGGACAGGAAGCAGUGUUGUGUGAAGCUGUCGGUUCAGCCAUCCAGAGGACUCAUGGAUGAGAAGUUCAUUGUCCUGGUCCAGAAUGUCUGGCCUGGUUUCCAGCUGACUGUCCACGCCCUCCACCAGUGUGAAGACGGACACAGCUGGGAGGCGUUUGGUCACUACACCGCUGACGCCACCGGGACUGUGAAUGUUUCAGAGGAUCCCAGUCUGGGUGGAACGUAUUCUGGGGUUGAACCGAUGGGUCUACUGUGGAGCCUCAGACCAGUUCCAGGCAGCAAACCUGGGAUCAGGAUGAGGAAGAUGAACGUCCAGACUCCCAUGGAGGUCACAAUCUCAGUGUACCAGGGUCACCAGACUGAGGGGUUCGUGGAUCAGGUGUCUCUGGCCGGUGUGUUGGUGGAGCGCUGGUACAUGGCUCCUGGUGUCCACAGAAUCCCAAUCACAGAGGGCGGACUCACUGCGACCCUCUUCCUGCCCCCAGGACCUGGACCUUUUCCUGGACUCCUGGAUCUGUGGGGGGGUACAGGGGAUUUGCUUGAGUACCGUGCAGCGCUGUUGGCCUCCCAUGGCAUUGCAUCCCUGGCUCUUGACUAUCUGACACCAAAAAUCAGCAUGGAAGCUGGGAAGCUGGUGGACAACGAGUACUUUGAGACGGCCUAUAGAGUCCUGCAGCAGCAUCCUCAGGUUCUUGGCAGCAGGAUCGCCAUGUUGGGCCUUUCCUUUGGCUGCAGUGUCACCCUCAAAAUGGCUGCAUACUCCCAUGUUUUAAAGCUCAGGUGUGCAGUGUGUGUUAAUGGGAGUCAUGUGCAGCCGGUCGAUGGAUCUAUGACAGAAAUUAUGCAUUUCUUUCGUGAAAACGUUGGGAAAGUUCGAUUCAGCGAGGAGAAGGAGGUGAUCUGGCGAAACCUGCUGCUGCCCAUCCCCACUGACCCCUCCCUCAAAGUGGACGUGGGACGACUCCAGUGUCCUCUACUGCUGGUUGUAGGUGAGGACGAUCAGAACUGGCCUGCCUACGAGUCUGCAAUGGACAUGAAGGAGAUGAUGGAGCGAGCAGGAAACAGCCACCUGCUGACCAUCCUGUGGUACCCCAACGCCGGUCACCUGAUCGAACCUCCGUACACGCCGCUCGUCCGAGCCAGCACCUUCAAACCAGCCCAAUCACCUGAGACCAUGAUGGCUCUGUGGGGUGGAGAGACGGUGGCACAUUCUCGUGCUCAGGAGGACGCCUGGAGGAAGACACUGGUCUUUCUGAGGGAGAAUCUGUUCUGAGGAACAGACUGAAGCAGCCUCAGUCUCUCACCUGUAACCUCAGCUUCAGCUAAACCUCUCUAAGACUGAACAUCAACAUCAGACUCUCCUCUUCAUCUCUCAGAACAACCCCAGUAACAGAAACAUGUUCUCUGACCACGAUGCAUCUGUCUCCUGGUCUCACCUGUUCCAGACCUCCACCCAGCUCCUGGUACAGACCCUGGUUCUGAUUGUCCUGUUUACAAAGAUUAAAGUUUUUAGUGAAGACA